UUUGGUCGGAAGUUCAUCUUUCAGUGAAAUUAUGCAAUGCGUUUAACUUCACUUGUUUAACAAAGAUUUUUUUAAAAAUACAGGAUGAUGUGUGGCAGAAGAAAAAAUAAACUGUGCUUGAAACCCUGCCUUUUUCAGUAAACCAUAAACACGCCGCAUUUCGAGCUAAAUAUUACCACUUUUAUUAAGGCAAGGACAGCAGUCAGACUGGGGGCGAGAUAGAAUAGGAUGGGGCUUCAAGCUCUCAGAAGAGGAAUAUUAAAUUGUUAUAAUUUCCCAGUAAUUGUGUCACUUAGAGUUGUUAGUUGUGUUUACAGAUUUCCUUGCCAAACCUUGUGAUGGAGUCGAAUAAACUAUUGUGUUCAUUAUCAUUGUGUUCUUAAAUCCGAAAUAAAUUUUACAUAUGUAGAAAUGACUGAGAUAUUAAAGUUUGUAACGAUAAUUAUACUUCUGCCUGGGAUCAGUGAGGCAGUCUCGGCGGACAAAUCGACAUAUCCAGCCAUCACGACGACCCUACAUAAUAGGACGGUUUGUUUACAAUCGGUGUAUGGGGCAAACAUUACUACGAUAAGUCUUAGUUGGACGUUGAUAAGGUUCCAAUGGUUUUAUGAAACGAUACGAAAAUUCAAUCCGGUUCUAGACUUGACACGGAAUUACGCCGUGGAUGGCGGAGAUGUGGAUGAUGAUCAUAUGAAUUCCACCAUGACCCUAAAAUUGAAGCUGGACCCCAGCCUGUUCCAGAUCCAACUUGCCCUAAAUGUGGAUAACACCUCGAUACAGGGUUAUCUAACUGAAGAAGAGAACAAGGAACAAUUCGAAUGCGAAUUUAAAAUCUUUACCCGGCAUGGAACAAAAACACAAACUGCGGUCGGGAGGAAGGCACGCCACGGAAAUUCUGUCCACUUUCAGUGGUCAUUCUUUGACGAGAGGCGAAAAGCCUUGGGCGAGCUGAUGGACAUUUACACCCGAGUCGUAGUUCGGGAUAAGCGAGGAUAUUACAAGAUAAGAGAAACUGCGAGUGUCACCCUCCCCUCGGAAAGAGCGAUGGAACAAUCAAUCAACUUUAGGUUUGCCGUUAAGAAAAUCGAAUUCAAUAUUGAGGACCAACUUUCAUUUAUUUAGGAAAAAUAAAUAGGAUGUAGGUAAAGUAAUACUUUGAAUAUCUAGUUAAUUAAAGGUAAAUUUGUAAGCGGUAUAAUAAAUUUUGUGCAAUAUGUGGAA